AUGAGUGGGUGGGCCCCGACGUCAAUGUGGUGGGACCACUACAGAUCCCACACAGCGAUGGAUUCCAAUUGUCCGAGAGCUCACACUUCUUUGGUAAGCAAUCUCCAGUGACUAGCCUGGACCCAGAUCUGUACUGUAUAGUGCCUUGCAAAAGUAUUCAUCCCCCUUGGUGUUUUUCCUAUUUUGUUGCAUUACAAUCUGUAAUUUAAAUAGAUUUUUAUUUGGAUUUCAUGUAAUGGACAUACACAAAAUAGUCCAAAUUAGUGAAGUGAAAUGAAAAAAAUAACUUGUUUAAAAAAAUUUGAAAGAAUAAAUAACGGAAAAGUUGUGCGUGCAUAUGUAUUCACCCCCUUUGCUAUGAAGCCCCUAAAUAAGAUCUGGUGCAACCAAUUACCUUCAGAAGUCACAUAAUUAGUUAAAUAAAGUCCACCUGUGUGCAAUCUAAGUGUCAUAUUAUCUGUCACAUGAUCUCAGUAUAUAUACACCUGUUCUGAAAGGCCCCAGCAUCUGCAACGCCACUAAGCAAGGGGCACCACCAAGCAAGUGGCACCUUGAAGACCAAGGAGCUCUCCAAACAGGUCAGGGACAAAGUUUGGAGAAGUACAGAUCAGGGUUGGGUUAUAAAAAAAUAUCUGAAACUUUGAACAUCCCACGGAGCACCAUUUAAAUCCAUUAUUAAAAAAUUGAAAGAAUAUGGCACCACAACAAACCUGCCAAGAGACGGCCGCCCACCAAAACUCACGGACCAGGCAAGGAGGGCAUUAAUCAGAAAGGCAACAAAGAGCCCAAAGAUAACCCUGAAGGAGCUGCAAAGCUCCACAUCGGAGAUUGGAGUAUCUGUCCAUAGGACCACUUUAAGCCUAGCACUCCACAGAGCUGGGCUUUACAGAAGAGUGGCCAGAAAAAAGCCAUUGUUUAAAGAAAGAAAUAAGCAAACACGUUUGGUGUUUGCCAAAAGCCAUGUGGGAGACUCCCCAAACAUAUGGAAGAGGGAGACUCCCCAAACAUAUGGAAGAAGGUACUCUGGUCAGAUUAGACUAAAAUUGAGCUUUUUGGCCAUCAAGGAAACCUCUAUGUCUGGCGCAAACCCAACACCUCUCAUCACCUCGAGAACACCAUCCCCACAGUGAAGCAUGGUGGUGGCAGCAUCAUGCUGUGGGGAUGUUUUUCAUUGGCAGGGACUGGGAAACUGGUCAGAAUUGAAGGAAUGAUGGAUGGCACUAAAUACAGGGAAAUUCUUGAGGGAAACCUGUUUCAGUCUUCCAGAGAUUUGAGACUGGGACGGAGGUUCACCUUCCAGCAGGACAAUGACCCUAAGCAUAGUGCUAAAGCAACACUUGAGUGGUUUAAGGGGAAACAUUUAAAUGUCUUUCAAAGCCCAGACUUCAAUCUAAUUGAGAAUCUGUGGUAUGACUUAAAGAUUGCUGUACACCAGCGGAACCCAUCCAACUUGAAGGAAGUGGAGCAGUUUAUGUUUAUGGGGGGGGGAAUAGUUAUGCACGCUCAAGUUUUCAGUUCUUUUGUCUUAUUUCUUGUUUGUUUCACAAGAAAAAAUAUUUUGCAUCUUCAAAGUGGUAGCCAUGUUGUGUAAAUCAAAUGAUACAAACCCCCAUAAAAUCCAUUUUAAUUCCAGGUUGUAAGGCAACAACAUAGGAAAAAUGCCAAGGGGGGUGAAUACUUUUGCAAGCCGCUGUAUGUGCUUCAUCUAACAGCUCCGACAAUUUUAGUCAUGCGUAAUAUCGUGGUCAAAAGUUUUGAGAAUGACACAAGUAUUUGUCUUCACAAAGUUUGCUGCUUCAGUGUUUUUAGAUAUUUUUGUCAGAUGUUACUAUGGUAUACUGAAGUAUAAUUACAAGCAUUCCAUAAGUGUCAAAGGCUUUUUAUUGACAAUUACAUUAAGUUUAUGCAAAGAGACAAUAUUUGCAGUGUUGACCCUUCUUUUUCAAGACCUCUGCAAUCCGCCCUGGCAUGCUGUCAAUUCAAUUCUGGGCCACAUCAUGACUGAUGGCAGCCCAUUCUUGCAUAAUCAAUGCUUGGAGUUUGUCAGAAUUUGUGGGUUUUUGUUUGUCCACCCACCUCUUGAGAAUUGACCACAAGUUCUCAAUGGGAUUAAGAUCUGGGGAGUUUCCUGGCCAUGGACCCAAAAUUUCGAUGUUUUGUUCCUCGAGCCACUUAGUUAUCAGUUUUGCCUUUUAGCAAGGUGCUCCAUCAUGCUGGAAAAGGCAUUGUUCGUCACCAAACUGUUCUUGGAUGGUUGGGAGAAGUUGCUCUCGGAGGAUGUGUUGGUACCAUUCUUUAUUCAUGACUGUGUUCUUAGGCACAAUUGUGAGUGAGCCCACUCCCUUGGCUCAGAAGCAACCCCACACAUGAAUGGUCUGAGGAUGCUUUACUGUUGGCAUGACACAGGACUGAUGGUAGCGCUCACCUUGUCUUCUCCAGACAAGCUUUUUUCCGGAUGCCCCAAACAAUCGGAAAGGGGAUUCAUCAGAGAAAAUGACUUUACCCCAGUCCUCAGCAGUCCAAUCCCUGUACCUUUUGCAGAAUAUCAGUCUGUCCCUGAUGUUUUUCCUGGAGAGAAGUGGCUUCCUCGCUGCCCUUCUUGACACCAGGCCAUCCUCCAAAAGUCUUUGCCUCACUGUGCGUGCAGAUGCACUCACACCUGCCUGCUGCCAUUCCUGAGCAAGCUCUGCACUGGUGGUGCCCCGAUCCCGCAGCUGAAUCAACUUUAGGAGACGGUCCUGGCGCUUGCUGGACUUUCUUGGGCGCCCUGAAGCCUUCUUCACAACAAUUGAACCUCUCUCCUUGAAGUUCUUGAUGAUCCGAUAAAAUUGUUGAUUUAGGUGGAAUCUUACUAGCAGCAAUAUCCUUGCCUGUGAAGCCCUUUUUGUGCAAAGCAAUGAUGACGGCACGUGUUUCCUGCAGGUAACCAUAACAGAUGAAAAACAAUGAUUUCAAGCACCACCCUGCUUUUAAAGCUUCCAGUCUGUUAUUCUAACUCAAUCAGCAUGACAGCGUGAUCUCCAGCCUUGUUCUCGUCAACACUCUCACCUGUGUUAACGAGAGAAUCACUGACAUGAUGUCAACUGGUCCUUUUGUGGCAGGGCUGAAAUGCAGUGGAAAUGUUUUUGGGGGAUUAAGUUCAUUUUCAUGGCAAAGAGGGACUUUGCAAUUAAUUGCAAUUAACCUGAUCACUCUUCAUAACAUUCUGGAGUAUAUGCAAAUUGCCAUCAUAAAAACUGAGGCAGCAGACUUUGUGAAAAUUAAUAUUUGUGUCAUUCUCAAAACUUUUGACCACGACUGUACUAUAUUACAGUAUAUACAGUAAAUGCAUAUGCAGUGGCGAUUUUAGCAGGUCAAUCUUGGUGGGGCAAACUCUUUAUUUUUUAUGCAUGCCAGCAAAGCCACUACACCACACUAAACAAUACAUUAAUUGCGCUAUAACGGUGACAUAAAGCUGUCUCAACAGCAGAGCUUUCUUUGCAGCACCAUGGAGUGAAUCCUUACCACCGCUGCACCUGGCUAUCAGCGGAGCCUUGUCUGGCAGUGAAACAGUUCAUUCAGACUCAUUUACUGCCUUUAAAAAAAAACAUAGCUGAUAUGGUUGACUUGCUUAAACAAAUAUGGUUUCUACUGACAAUUUAGAUGUACAAACUAUGGCAUAAGGGGAUGAUGAGCGGAUAAGAGGCAAUCUGUAAUUCGAUAAAGACAUUAAAAAGCGAGCUAAGACGGACGUAGUCAAUAUAAUUUUGUUCAGCACUUUUGAAAUGUACAGCGACAGAAUUUAGAACAUGGGCCAUUCUUACAGUAUUCUCCCUUUACACUAAGUCAGAACCGUAGGAUAAAUAAAGGGGGCAUAUAAGCAGACAAUUAAAGUUUUUACAGUAUUCUACGAUGACGUUUCUCUAAAACAGGCUAUAGGCUACAUGUGCACCACCAAGUCAGAACAUGAGGGGGAAAGGUACCAUAUUAUUAGAGUGAGGCACAUGGGCUACUAACAGCUUACUACACAACAUACACUUAGUAUUACUUUCUUAGUUACAGUAUACAUAUCUCCCUGGCGUAUUACAUAAUUUAUGCAGCAGCAUACAAUACGUUUUUGGACUCUUGGACCUUGUUGUGAUGAGCUCACUUGAACAGGAAGGUGGCGCGGCCGUCCUUCUUUUGUCAUCAAAGUCUGGCAUUCUCUGGAUUUAUGAUGCUUUCAAGACAACUGUGAACUUGGAAAAAAACAAGGUUGAAUCAUGACGUUAGUGAUCUUCAGGUCGGAGCUCUAGAAAGAGGCCCGCGUUACCGACUUGGAAUUCUGAGUUGGAUGACUAUUCAAUAAGUAUUUUCCCAGUCGGAGCUAGUUUUUUUCCGAGUUCCCAGUUGGCUUGAACUCUGAAGUCUGAGAUUUCCCAGUUCCGAGUUUCCAGUUGGCUGGCCCAUGGUGUUGCAUGUGAAUGUUUAUCCUUUAAGUUUGGAAAAUAUACUUUUAAACCCAGACUUGGACCACACACCCUUUCCACUGAAUAGCAGGCUAAUGAUUGCUUUGCAACGCUUGCAGUUAGCCACUGAUUUCUUCCAAACCACUCAUUGUUGAAUUUGCGAUUUCCAACUUGUUGUGUAAUGUUUAUGUCCAAUGGCCGAUGAGCACCGAUACGCUCUGCCCCACCUGCCCUGAAUGACGGGUUGCCACUGUGCAUAUGGCAUGCCUAUGAUAGUUAGGAGAGUUGGCACAUGCAGAUCUGGGAUCAGGCAAUCCAGUGGCCAGCUCUGACACAUAUUACACCUCAGGCAGUAGCAGCCAGUCACACAAGCCAGAUGUCAAAGUGACUUUACACAUUACCGAACCAACUACCUGUAAUGAUGGGCAGAAAUGUCUGUCAGGUUAAUAAGUAGCCAUGACAACCUUUGCUCCCCUUUGGCACUACUGAGUCAGUCCUCAAGCAAGCACCAAGGUGUUCUGUUCUAGGACUUCUGUAGCGGAAUUUUUAUGGAGAAGUUCCUUUACCGAAGAUAAUAGAGGGAGGUAUGCUGAGGUAGAAUAAAUAAAGGUAAGAGUAGAGCCGCAGAAGGGGAUUACUUUUCAGGUGGUCAGGGAGAGAGAGGGGAGGUUUUUAUCAUGGGUGUGCUGGGUCACCCUGAGAUGGCCAUGGUCUAGAACAAAUCUUCAGGUCAGUAUCUCAUGCCUGACGAUCUUGUUGCGUCAGCUUGGGUUAUGUGUGUUAUCAGAUGAGUUUAGAUUAACUCAACCCUAUAGAACUAUACGGCUUAAUUCCAGCAGCUUUUUUGUUGUCCAGGAUUUACUUUUACCUUAAUGUAUUUUAAUGAAUAGAAUUGAUAUGACAUGGUUCCAAUGCUAGCUGACGUCUAACUUUCAAGGGUUCAUGCUGACAUAAUAGAAAUAUAAUUAUUAUAAUUUAUGACAUAGUAGGUACACCUGAUGAUAAAGCAUUGUGAAAUAUAAAUAUAUGUAAAAUAUAAGUAUAGAUAAGUACUAUAUAUCUUUGAAGAAUAGUUGGAAAACUCAAGCUGUCCCGUCAUUCUGCUAUGACAGUGUGUUUUGUGAGAGUGUGAGUGGCUGAGUUUAUGUAGGUUACUAUCCCCUGUUAUGUUAAUGUUUAAAUACUCAGAUUAAGUCACUAUCUAAUACUACUGUAACAGCUGGGAAGUGAAUUUGACAGUCGUACUUCACUAUCCUUGGGAAAAUACAGGAGUUAUUGGCUUGUGAAAUGUGUAGCUAUUGUGGAUUUUCUGAACCAUGCUGAAAUCAAGCUGGCUUUUUAGUUGGCUAAAGAAACAACACAUGAUUCAAAAAAUGAGGUGAUUGCACACUUCUUUUCAGUGAUAGUAUAAUUUAAUCUAUGCAUCUUUCUUUUCUCCACUCAGAUAUUCUGGCAGAGCAAGGGAGCCCUCUGCUCCAGGAUCAAGAGGUCUUAGCCUUCACCAGCUAUCCCAGCAUGCAAUACCCCUCGGUGGAGCCCACCAUGUCCUCCCUUCCAUACUACUCCAGUCAGAAUUACUACCCCCAGUACAGCGGCGAGGAGUGGUACUCACCCAUAGAGAUGUAUGAACUGAGGAAAGGACCCCUGGAGGGUAGCUAUGAUGCUGAAAUGGAAGAGGCAUCCGCCAUAGUGCCUCCGGUGUGCAAGAGGACCAGGCACACUUCCCACACAGGCAGGGUCAAAGGGGAGGAGCUGUGUGUGGUGUGUGGGGACAAGGCAUCCGGGUACCACUAUAACGCUCUCACCUGUGAAGGGUGUAAAGGUAAGUGCAGUGGUUAAGUGUGCUACAUCUUGAUCAUAGCUGUAGACAUUGAAGUGUUAUGGACUACAGAUCUUCACCGUCUUCUACAACGUAGAUCCAAAUAAGAGCCUCUUCCACAUUCGACACAAGACACUACUCUAUGGAUGGGCUCACUUCUUCUAAAAGCCUGUGUUGAUCACUUCUGGUUUUGCUCCGUAGCUAUUGCUAGAACAGUAUUGUAAUCUGAAUAUAGUUGGGAGAUUCUAUAAUGUAAUAUGAUGUCUACAGAGUAGCCCACUGGUAUGACAAACAUCCAGAAGGUGAUCAGUAUGAUAUUUUGUCAUGACGAGGAUGAAUGAAGGAAUUGUCUCUGGACUCAAUGCCAGGAGUAAGCAGCAUGACUUUACAGCACCUCUUCAUGUAAAAAUUACGAGCUCAGUGACACCCAAUGUGACGAAUCACAACUAACAACACCUCCCUAACUUUCUUAAUCACAGCAUUUCUACUCAAUUUCUUGCAAAACCUCAGGUGAAUGGGUACACGUGUAAUUUCACCCUCUUAGGGUGGACAAUGGCAUGGUUGCAGUCACUGGGCUGUCCUGCCUCGUGUCUGAGUGUAGGUUUGAGGUUAGGUUGUCCCUCGUCGGUUCACCCUCCGGAUAUCGUUCCCACUCUAUAAUGGCAUAGAGAACCAGAGUUAAGCAAUGUUAAUGUGUGUCACUGUACUCAUCUCCCUACGCUUGAAUGUCUAAUUACCUGUUACAAAGCUAUCGUGUGUGUGCCCACUGUAUGGAACCAGUCCAAAAAGGCUCUCAAAAGGCUCUCAAAAGGGCAUCUUUCUCGCACUGGUAGUUAGUGUCAAAAUAAAAUGUUAUUGGUCGUGUAUACAUACAUUGCAGAUGUUAUAGCGAGUGUAGCGAAAUCCUGAUGUUCCUAGCUACAAUUGUGCAGUAAUACCUAGCAAUACAAAACAAUACAUGCAAAUCCCCCAAAAUAAAUAUAAAAUAAUUAAGAAAUAUAUAAAUAUUAGUACGAGCAAUGUCAGAGUCCUCAAUAUAAAUAUGCAUUCGGAAAGUAUUCAGACCCCUUCACUUUUUCCACAUUUUGUUACGUUACAGCCUUAUGCUAAAAUGGAUACAAUUAUUUAUUUUUUCUCAUCAAUCUACACACAAUACCCCAUAAUGACAAAGUGAAAACAGGUUUUUAGAUUUUUUUUGGCAAAUGUAUUAAAAAUUAAAAACAGAAAUACCUUAUUUACAUAAGUAUUCAGACCCUUUGCUAUGAGACUCGAAAUUGAGCUCAGGUGCAUCCUAUUUCCAUUGAUCAUCCUUGAUAUGUUUCUACAACUUGAUUGGAGUCCACAUGAUUUGGAAAAGCACACACCUGUCUAUAUAAGGUCCCACAAUUGACAGUGCAUGUCAAAAACCAAGCCAUGAGGUCGAAGGAAUUGUCCGUAUUGCUCCGAAACAGGAUUGUGUCGAGGCACAGAUCUGGGGAAGGAUGGCCAAUCAAUUGAAAUUACCACAGGUGGAAACAAAAUGCACCUGAGCUCAAUUUCGAGGCUCAUAAGACAGAGGGUCUGAAUACAUAUGUAAAUCAAGUAUUUCCGUUUUUUAUGUUUUAUAAAUUUGCUAAAAUUUCUAAAAAUCUGUUUUCACUUUGUCAUUAUGGGGUAUUGUGUGUAGAUUAAUCCAUUUUAGAAUAAGGCUGUAACACAACAAAAUGUGGGGGAAAAAAGGGGUCUGAAUACUUUCCGAAUGCACUGUACAUAUGAAGUGGAUAAAACAGUAUGUAAACAUUAUUAAAGUGACCACUGUUCAAUUAUUACAGUACCAGUCAAAUGUUUGGACACACCUACUCAUUCCAAGGUUUUCCUUUAUUUUUUUUAAUGUUCUACAUUGUAGAAUAAUAGUAAAGACAUCAAAAUAUGAAAUUGAGAUGGUUUGGGAUGAGUCGGACGGCAGAGUGAAGGAAAAGCAGCCAACAAGUGCUCAGCAUAUUUCGGAACUCCUUCAAGACUGUUGGAAAAGCAUUCCAGGUGGAGCUGGUCGAAAGAAUGCCAAGAGUGUGCAAAGCUGUCAUCAAGGCAAUGGGUGGCUAUUUGAAGAAUCUCAAAUAUAAAAUAUAUUUUGAUUUGUUUAAUACUUUUUUGGUUACUACAUGAUUCCAUGUGUGUUAUUUCAUAGUUCUGAUGUCUUCACUAUUAUUCUACAAUGUAAAAAAAAAAGUAAAAAUAAAGAAAAACCUUUGAAUGAGUAGGUGUGUCCAACCUUUUGACUGGUGGUGUACGUACCUAGCGGAGCAGUCUCUAAGGUGCAGGGUUGAGUACCGGGUGGUAGCCGGCUAGUAAUAGUGACUAAAGUUCAGGGCAGGGUACUGGGCGGAGUCCGGCUAGUGGUGACUAUUUAACAGUCUGAUGGCCUGGAGAUAGAAGCUGUUUUUCAGUCUCUCUGUCCCAGCUUUGAUGCACCUGUACUGACCUUGCAUUCUGGAUGAUAGCAGGGUGAACAGGUCGUGGCCGUUGUGAGGGUUAACACGCUUAAAUGUCUUACUCACGUCGGCCACAGAUAAUUAGAGUUCACAGUCCUCGUAAGCGGCGGUGGCCCGUGUCGGCAGCGCUGUGUUUUCCUCGAAGCGGGCGAAGAAGGUGUUUAGUGUGUCUGGGAGCAAUGCAUCGGUGUCCACGAUGUGGCUGGUUUUCCCUUUAUAAUCCGUGAUUGUCUGGAGUCCCUGCCACAUACGUCUGGUGUCUGAGCCGUUGAAUUGCGACUCCACUCUGUGCUGACGUUUUGCAUGUUUGAUUGCCUUACGGAGGGCAUAGCUGGACUGUACGCUGUGUUACACUGUUAAAAGGGGAUAAUGUUAAUGGUUUGAAGCACCCCUUGGGCAUAGGUCAAGACCAAGGGCAUAGAUCAGCCACAAACCAAUGCCAUCACUCCAUUAGAGGUUUAAUUUAUGGGAGACGGUGUAUCUGUAUCGUGUCAUAGGGUUUGUAGCGCAAGGCUAUCAGGUUUAUUCCAAUGUUCCUAUUGAGCUAAUCCGAUUCAAGGCACAGUCCACCUCUACAACAUACAGAUGUAGGAUCCUAAUUCGACCUAUAUUGCUACAGGAAAAUAAUCCUGCAGCAACAGGAUUUGAACGUUUAGUCCAUAAUGUUGCUUGAUCGGUGGUUAGGCUAUUAUAGCUUGCUAAAAGUAGGCUACAUGAAAAGUGCAAUACUGUUAAUAGAACCGUGUGUUAGUGUGGGUUUUCAGUGGAUUUAUGUAAAUCACAAAGCUCAUCUCCAAAUUCCCAGCAACAAAAGAGUGAUCAAAGUAAGAUCCUGCAUCUGUAGUGGUGUUAUUUGCUUUACAGUACGUAAUAUCACUAGUAUUUCAUCAUAUGACCAAAGACUGAGGUCACUGGGUAAUUGUGCUGAUCACUGCCUUCAGGCUUCUUCAGACGGAGCAUCACGAAGAACGCCGUGUACAAGUGCAAGAGUGAAGGGACCUGUGAGAUGGACAUGUACAUGCGCAGGAAGUGCCAGGAGUGUCGUCUCCGGAAGUGCAAGGAGAUGGGCAUGCUGUCAGAGUGUGAGUAUAUCAGCACUCACGCCAACAGCUGUUGGCAUCUCUCCAUUUAUCCUCAUGGGAUACUGUACCCAUUAUGUCAGACUUAAUGGUACAGACUGUGAAGUACUGGUAUUAUUGAUAAGGAAAGGGACUAAUAGUCAAGGGAAACCAUAAACCAUCAUUACUGAAAGAAGUUUUACACUGAAUUCUACAAGAAAGGUGGUCAUGACAUAUGGAGGAUAGUCUUUACUCCAGAAUCCAUGUAGUUGUAGAUCUCCUAUUGCAUCGCUAAGCAUAUUGCUAUUUCUUAUGUGCAACGGAAUAUCUUGCCAACGUCAGGAAAUGAAUUUGGUGAUAACACCAGCUCUUUGAUAUACUACUAUGUGCAUUUAUUACUUGAGAGACUACAUUGCAGGUUUUAUUAACUCAUGGUACUUGUUACUUGAUGCACAUACUAUACCAUAUUACCUGCCCGUACAAAAAAUAAUAUUCAACCCCUUUCUUUUAAUUCAACUGAAGCACUGGCACAUUUAAGGGGACCUUUAAGAAGAAGUGCCCCUGCUAUUUCCCUAUAGAGCUUGUAAACAAAUUGUAUUGCAUUUUAACAUUCAUCUAUCCAUUUACUUUUAAUCAGUUUAGGAUCAACAUGGUUAAACAGUCACUCACUAUCAGUAUUUGAUUCAGAUUGACAUGUGUCUAGCUGUGAGUCUGUCCCCCUGACUAUCUCUUCAGACUGUAUGAUAGCAUCAUAAUGUUCUUUCAAUGCACUGGGGACAUUCUCAGAUCAUAGCAGAGAAUUCUCAUUGUGAAUUCUAACACGACUAUUUUGAUUUUCACUGAGGGACAGUGUGUUAUACCUCUCACAAUAGAAAGGUCUCACCAUUGUUGCUCUUCAAGGAAGAGAGAGAGGAGAGAGAGCUAGAGAGAGAGAGAGAUAUCGAGAGAGAACGAGCUAGAUAAGAUAGAGAGAGUAGUAGAGAGAGAGGAGCGAGAGCGAUAGAAGAGAGACUCUAGAGAUAUAGAGAGAGAAGUAUGAGAUCUCUAUCUCGCUAGCUCUCGCUCUUAUCGAGACUAUAGAUGAGCGAUAGACUCUCUCUGAGCGCGAGAGAGAGAUCGAUCGAUGCAGCGCUAUGUCGAUCUCCAAGGAUGAGAGAGGAGCAGAGAGGAGAGAGAGAGAGAGAGAGAGAACACUUCAACUGGAGGAUAAGGUAUUUUGGCAUAAAUAAAAGAAGAAUGGUGAAAUUAAGGUGUAAAACAUUAUCAAAAAUACAUGGUCAUGAUGAAAUCUUUGUGUCCUUCUCUCUAGCUUAAUCCUACCACAAAUGACACCCAAUUAGUGUAUUUGGGGUAUCAGGAGGACGGAGUUGUUGCCCAUAAAUGUUGUAAGGAAGUUACAGGUAGCAGGUGUGAUGCGUGAUUUGAAGGAGUCAGGCGCAGGAGGGUAAAGUAUACAGAGUUUAUUCUGUAAUCCAGCGUAACCAGUCCAGUGCGCAAAAGAGGCGCACUGGAACAAACAUGCACAAGGGGAAAAUACAUUUACAUUUACAUUUACGUCAUUUAGCAGACGCUCUUAUUUUUUUUUUGGGGGGGUAAGGGGGGGGUAGAAGGAUUACUUUAUCCUAUCCCAGGUAUUCCUUAAAGAGGUGGGGUUUCAAGUGUCUCCGGAAGGUGGUGAGUGACUCCGCUGUCCUGGCGUCAUGAGGGAGCUUGUUCCACCAUUGGGGUGCCAGAGCAGCGAACAGUUUUGACUGGGCUGAGCGGGAACUGUGCUUCCGCAAAGGUAGGGGGGCCAGCAGGCCAGAGGUGGAUGAACGCAAUGCCCUCGUUUGGGUGUAGGGACUGAUCAGAGCCUGAAGGUACGGAGGUGCCGUUCCCCUCACAGCUCCGUAGGCAAGCACCAUGGUCUUGUAGCAGAUGCAAGCUUCAACUGGAAGCUAGUGGAGUGUGCGGAGGAGCAGGGUGACGUGAGAGAACUUGGGAAGGUUGAACACCAGACGGGCUGCGGCAUUCUGGAUGAGUUGUAGGGGUUUAAUGGCACAGGCAGGGAGCCCAGCCAACAGCGAGUUGCAGUAAUCCAGACGGGAGAUGACAAGUGCCUGGAUUAGGACCUGUGCCGCUUCCUGUGUAAGGCAGGGUCGUACUCUCCGAAUGUUGUAGAGCAUGAACCUACAGGAUCGGGUCACCGCCUUGAUGUUAGUGGAGAACGACAGGGUGUUGUCCAGGGUCACGCCAAGGCUCUUUGCACUCUGGGAGGAGGACACAACGGAGUUGUCAACCGUGAUGGUGAGAUCAUGGAACGGGCAGUCCUUCCCCGGGAGGAAGAGCAGCUCCGUCUUGCCAAGGUUCAGCUUGAGGUGGUGAUCCGUAAUCCACACUGAUAUGUCUGCCAGACAUGCAGAGAUGCGAUUCGCCACCUGGUUAUCAGAAGGGGGAAAGGAGAAGAUUAGUUGUGUGUCGUCUGUGUAGCAAUGAUAGGAGAGGCCAUGUGAGGAUAUGACAGAGCCAAAUGACUUGGUGUAUAGCGAGAAUAGGAGAGGGCCUAGAACUGAGCCCUGGGGGACACCAGUGGGGAGAGCACGUGGUGCGGAGACAGAUUCUCGCCACGGCACUUGGUAGGAGCGACCUGUCAGGUAGGACACAAUCCAAGAGUGAGCUGCGCCAGAGAUGCCCAACUCGGAGAGGGUGGAGAGGAGGAUCUGAUGGUUCACAGUAUCAAAGGCAGCAGACAGGUCUAGAAGGACAAGAGCAGAGGAGAGAGAGUUAGCUUUAGCAGUGGGGAGAGCCUCCGUGACACAGAGAAGAGCAGUCUCAGUUGAAUGACCAGUCUUGAAACCUGACUGGUUUGGAUCAAGAAGGUCAUUCUGAGAGAGAUAGCAAGAGAGUUGGCUAAAGACGGCACGCUCAAUCAAUCAAUUUUAUUUUAUAUAGCCCUUCUUACAUCAGCUAAUAUCUCGAAGUGCUGUACAGAAACCCAGCCUAAAACCCCAAACAGCUAGUAAUGCAGGUGUAGAAGCACGGUGGCUAGGAAAAACUCCCUAGAAAGGCGAAAACCUAGGAAGAAACCUAGAGAGGAACCAGGCUAUGAGGGGUGGCCAGUCCUCUUCUGGCUGUGCCGGGUGGAGAUUAUAACAGAACCAUGCCAAGAUGUUCAAAAAUGUUCAUAAGUGACAAGCAUGGUCAAAUAAUAAUCAGGAAUAAAUCUCAGUUGGCUUUUCAUAGCCGAUCAUUAAGAGUUGAAAACAGCAGGUCUGGGACAGGUAGGGGUUUCGUAGCCGCAGGCAGAACAGUUGAAACUGGAAUAGCAGCAAGGCCAGGCGGACUGGGGACAGCACGCUCAAGAGUUUUGGAGAGAAAAGAAAGAAGGGAUACUGGUCUGUAGUUGUUGACAUCGGAGGGAUCGAGUGUAGGUUUUUUGAGAAGGGGUGCAACUCUCGCUCUCUUGAAGACGGAAGGGACAUAGCCAGCGGUCAAGGAUGAGUUGAGGAGCGAGGUGAGGUAAGGGAGAAGGUCUCCGGAAAUGGUCUGGAGAAGAGAGGAGGGGAUAGGGUCAAGCGGGCAGGUUGUUGGGCGGCCGGCCAUCACAAGUCGCAAGAUUUCAUCUGGAGAGAGAGGGGAGAAAGAAGUCAAAGCAUAGGGUAGGGCAGUGUGAGCAGGACCAGCAGUGUCAUUUGACUUAACAAACGAGGAUCGAAUGUCGUCAACCUUCUUUUCAAAAUGGCUCUGGCACCCCAAUGGUGGAACAAGCUCCCUCACGACGCCAGGACAGCGGAGUCACUCACCACCUUCCGGAGACAUUUGAAACCCCACCUCUUUAAGGAACACCUGGGAUAGGAAAAACAGACACUUUUCUGCCUUGGCAUAAAGGUCAUUUUCCAACAGUCGGGCCAGCACUGGAUGGAUCAUUCAUCAAACCAGGUAUUCAUAAUGCCCCGUGGUUGUGCUGAAUGCUGUCUUCCACUCAUCCCCCUCUUGGACACGCACCAUGUUGUACGCACUCCGGAGAUCUAAUUUGGUGAAGAAGCACGCCCCAUGCAUUGACUCGAUCACUGAAGGAAUGAGGGGGAGAGGAUAACUAAAUCGUAUCGUCUCCUUGUUCAGUGAUCGAUAAUCAAUGCAAAUGGGCAGACCGCCGUCUUGAUUCUUCACAAAAAAAAACUUGAGGAGGCGGGAGAAGUGGAGGGUCGUAUAAACCCCUGGCGCAGGGACUCGGUGACGUUUGUUUCCACAGCCUCCGUUUCUGCCUGUGACAGGGGAUACACAUGACUCCUGGGAGGCACAGCGUCUAUCCCCCGCCCGAUGAGGUGGUAACUUGGUCGCCUGCGUUUUGGAAAACACGUGCGCCAAAUUGAGGUAUUCGGUGGGAAUGCGCACGGUGGAGCUACUGUCUGGACUUUCCAUCCAUGGUGAUUGGUGCGGUAACAUCCCUAACAAACCCGGACCCUAAUGGUCGACUGUCAAGUGCUCUGAUGGGGAGUGGAAUGGAUAGGGGAACCAAUUAAUUGCCUAGCCUGUGUGAGAAUGCUCUGUUCAUAAAGUUCCCAGCUGCGCCUGAAUCGACUAGCGCCUUACACUGGGGAACUACAGUGUGAUCAGGAAAGUAGAUGGGUAGGGUACAGUGCGCAGCAGAGGGCUCUGAACAAGUGUAGGUGUUCGAUACCUGGGGUGAUGCGAGAGUGCCCUGCCUGCCGCCUUCAGACCCAAAAGAACGCUGACGACAUCAUGCGGUGUAAUGUCCCUCCGUGCCACCAGAGUUACACUGCCGCUGUCGUCCUCCGCUCUCUCGGAUCGCGGCUCCACCCAGCUCCAUCAGAUUGUGAUCCGAGUCGGCUGGGGUUGGAACAGGCAGACCUCCUCCAGGACAUCCUCUGGCCGCCAGCAGGUUGUCCAAACUGAUGGCCAUGUCCACCAGUUGCGUGAAGGACAACAUGGUUUCCCGGCAGGCUAGCUCCCUUCGGACGUCCUCCCGCAGAUGGCACCAGAAGUGGUCAAUAAAGUUUUCUCUCUCAUCGUGGAGAAAAGACGUUUAGGGACCAGGGAGAAAAUGCAAUAACUGGAAAAAAACUUGUAAUAUUUUCUGUUUAAAAUUUGAAGAUUAAAUGUUUGACUGGUUGUAAGGAAAUAGAAAGCUGUGAAAACGACCCAACAUGUUCAAAACUUUCUCAAUAACUUUCUCAAACCCAUAGUUACACUAUAAAGCCAAUUGAAUAAAAUAUAAAAUGCCCUGCUGUAUCAUUGGGCAUCAGGCCUUUUCUGGAUGGCUACAGUGCAUUCACAAGGAGAAUCACUAUUGAACAAGUAGGGGUGAAAUUCUCCUUCAACACAUUUUGUUUGAACCCAUCAUCACUUCCCACAGGUCUGCUGACAGAGAUCCAGUGUAAGUCUAAAAGGCUGAGGAAAAACACCAAGGCCUCACCAGGAGAGUCCACUGGGGACGAGACAGAGGGGGGAGACAGCAAGCAGGUCACCUCCACCACCAAACUGUCAAAGGUAAAAGCUCCCCUUUUUGCUCUUUAGAAUGGUUUUUGCUCUUCAAAAUGUGAAACGUCAGUGAUUCCAAAUGGAGGAAUCUAAGUACAGAAAAUUAUUUACUAGAAAAUGAUUUACUAGAAAAUGGUGUUAGAUGUUUAUAGACUAAGACAAACUAACUAUUUAUUGAAUGACCUUCCUUUGUUAAAAAAAUAUGAUGGUCUAUAUUCCCAAGAACUCCAAGGUAACCUGCCUAAAUGACUAUCUCCCUGUAGCACUCACAUCUGUAAUUUGUAAGUGCUUUGAAGGGCAUGACACACAUCAACCCCAUCACCCCAGACACCCUGGACCCACUCCAAUUCACAUACCGCCCCAAAAGAUUCACAGAUUAUGCAAUCUCAAUUGCACUGCACACUGCCCUCUCCCACCUGGAGAAGAGGGGAAAUAACUAUGUGAGAAUGCUGUUCAUAGACUACAGCGCAGCGAUCAAAACCAAAGUCCCCUCCAAGCUCAUCACCAAGCUCGAGACCCUGGGACUGAACACAUCCCUCUGUAACUGGAUCCUGGACAUCCUGACGGGCCGGCCCCAGGUGGUGAGGGUAGGCAACAACACCUCUGCCACGCUAACCCUCAACACGGGGGUGCGUGCUUAGUCCCCUCCUGUACUCCCUGUUCACCCACAACUGUGUGGCCACUCACGACUCCAACACCUUCAUCAAGUUUGCUGACGAAGCUACAGUGGUAGGCCUGAUCACCGACAUCAAUGAGAAAGCCUACAGAGAGAAAGUCAGAGACUUGGCAGUGUGGUGCCAGGACAAGACCCUCACCCUCAGCGUCAGAAAGAGGGGAGAGCACGCCCCCAUCCACAUCGACAGGGCUGUAGUGGAGCGGGUCAAGAGCUUCAAGUUCGUUGCCGUCCACAUCACUAAGGACUUAACAUUGUCCACAUGCACCAGUACAGUCUUGAAGAGAGUACGACAGUGCCUCUUCCCCCUCAGGAGGCUGAAAAGAUUUGGCAUGGGCCCUCUGAUCCUCAAAAAGUUAUACAGCUGCACCAUCGAGAGCAUCUUGACUGGCUGCAUCACCUCUUGGUAUGGCAAAUGCACUGCCCUUGACCUCAAAGCGGUACAGAAGGUGUUGCGGAUGGCCCAGUACAUAACUGGGGCCGAGCUCCCUGCCAUCCAGGACCUCUAUAUCAGGCGGUGUCAGAGGAAGGCCCCAAAAAUUGCAAGACUUCAGCAACCCCAGCCAUAGACUGUUCACUCUGCUACCGUCCGGCAAACGGUACCGGAGCAUUGACUCUCCGACCAACAGGCUCUGAGACCGCUUCUACCCCCAAGCCAUAAGACUGUUUAAUAGCCGUAAGACAGCUAAAUAGUUAUUUAAAUGGUUACACAGACUAUCUGCAUUGACACAGUGUCUGGGUUCAUCAGGAAGUGUAUAGCGGAUGUUGUGAUUAUUAAAACCUACCCAAACCAAAAACCGUGGAUAGAUGGCAGCUUUCGCACAUAACAAGGACUGUGGGCUCUCGUUCUCUGUGGCCGACGUGAGUCAGACAUUUAAGUGUGUUAACCCUCGCAAGGCUGCCGGCCCAGACGGCAUCCCUGGCCGCAUCCUCAGAGCAUGCUCAGACCAGCUGGCUGGAGUGUUCACGGACAUAUUCAAUCUCUCCCUAUCCCAGUCUGCUGUCCCCACUUGCUUGAAGAUGUCCACCAUUGUUCCUGUACCCAAGAAAGCAAAGGUAACUGAACUAAAUUAAUAUCACCCUAUAACAUUCACUUCUGUCAACAUGAAGUGCUUGAGAGGCCAGUUAAGGAUCAUAUCACCUCCACUUUACCUGACACCCUAGACCCACUUCAACUUGCAUACCGCCCCAAUAUAUCCACAGACGAUGCAAUCGCCAUCGCACUGCACACUGCACUAUCCCAUCUGGACAAGAGGAAUACCUAUGUAAAAAUGCUGUUUAUUGACUAUAGCGCAGCCUUCAUCACCAUAGUACCCUCCAAGCUCAUCAUUAAGCUCGGGGCCCUGGGUCUGAACCCCGCCCUGUGCAACUGGGUCCUGGACUUCCUGAUGGGCCACCGCCCCCAGGUGGUGAAGGUAGGAAACAACACCUCCACUACGCUGAUCUUCCAUGAUUGCGUGGCCACGCACGCCUCCAACUCAAUCAUCAAGUUUGCAGACGACACAACAGUAGUAGGCCUGAUUACCAACAAUGACGAGACAGCCUACAGGGAGGAGGUGAGGGCCCUGGCGGAGUGGUGCCAGGAAAAUAGCCUCUCCCUCAACAUCAACAAAACGAAGGAGCUGAUCGUGGACUUCAGGAGACAGCAGAGGGAGCACGCCCUUAUCCACAUCGACAGGACCGCAGUGGAGAAGGUGAAAAGCUUAAAGUUCCUCUGCAUACACAUCACUGAAAAUCUAAAAUGGUCCACCCACAGACAGUGUGGUGAAGAAGAGGCAACAGCGCCUCUUCAAUCAGGAGGCUGAAGCACUUCGGCUUGGCCCCUAAGACCCUCACAAACUUUUACAGAUGCCCAAUUGAGAGCAUCCUGUUGGGCUGUAUCCUCACCUGGUACGGCAACUGCACCGCCCGCAACCGCAGGGCUCUCCAGGAACAUAAGCAUUUCGCUACACCCGCAAUAAUAUCUGCUAAAUAUGUGUAUGUGACCAAUAACAUUUGAUUUGAUUUGACCAUAUCUUGCACAUUCACAAGACUAUGUAAAUGCACUUUAUACACACUCACUCACUCACACACUACACUGACACUCUCACAUAAAACCCACACACAUUCACACACAAUUUUACACUGCUACUCUGUUCUUUAUUUUACUCGUAUUAUUAUUUAUUCUGAUGCCUAGUCACUUUACCCUGCCUUCAUUUACAUAUCUACCUCAAAUACCUCUUACUCCUGCACAUUGAUCUGGUACUGGUACUUCCUGUAUAUACUGUAGCUUAAUUCUUGUGUAUUUUAUUCCUCUUGUGUUACUAUUUUUUAUUAUUAUUUUGUAACUCUGAAUCGUUGGGAUGGGCUCGAAAUCAAGCAUUUCACUGUAAAGUCUACACCCGUUGUAUUCGGCGCAUGUGACAAAUACAAUUUGAUUUGUUUUGAAAUGUCCUACACUGAUUACUGGAUAUGGGAAUAGCAUGAUAAUGACAGCCCAGUGUUAAAAUUAACUAUGAAUAUUUCAACAUUUCUAAAGCCAUGUUGCCACCAACAGAUUGUAUUACUCACAGCUAAGACUGCCUCUUUAAAGUAAUGACUCAUAAAUAGCCCUAGUGUUAAACAGAAGAGAUUCAAAACUGAUUGCUAAUGGUUUUCUUUCAGGAGAAAGUUGAGCUCAGUCAAGAGCAGCAGGCUCUUUUGAGCUUCAUCGUAGAAGCUUACCAGAAACAUCGAAUCCCUCAAGACAUGGCCAAAAAACUGGUAUGUGAUAUCUCCUACAAUUCUAUCAAAUUAUGUGUCUUUCAGCAAGCCAUCGUGUAUGCUUUUACAACUCAGACUUAUUCAUAGUUCAUAGAAGACACAAUAAGAGACCCUUGUAACAUAUCCCAGAGUAGAUGAUUUCCAAGUAAGACUCCAGCAAUGACUUAAACCACAUGCUCUCUAUCCCAGUAGAAGUCAGACUGUUCUCUCCCUCAUGUCUUAGAUGAAGUUGCAUAACUCUCCUUAUCAGCCAGCAGUGUCAUAAAACUUCACACACAUUCUGUAAUUCUCUUUUGUGUGCCCUUGUUGUUUCUCCAGCUACAGGAGCAGUUCAAUGCAGACGAGAACUUCCUCCUUUUGACAGAGAUGGCCACCAGUCAUGUUCAAGUGCUGGUGGAGUUUACCAAGAACAUUCCAGGUCUGGACUUCUAUGACAAUGGUCAUUCCAACCUUUUCUCUUUAAGGAAGUAGAAUAUAGGAUACUCCUAUUAAUUAUCAGUCAACCUCUGGCCUUUUGUGCCUCGGUACUCCAUAAUAAUAGCCUAAUCGGCUCCUUGGCACCAUCAUAGCAACAUGAUAACAACAAUUAACUUGUAUGACUUAAUAUCAUAGGUCAGAGCGGGUAUUGACCCAAGACUGUGUUAGUCCACUGAGCAAAGGUCUAGGCAUUAACUCAGGAAGCUAACACUAGUCUUCAGGUCUCCGGCAAGGUUACUCAUCACACAAGCAUAGUUCACCAAACCACCUCUGUUACACUGCAUUGAAAUGGAAAGAUAAGUCUACUGAGUGAGUUUAUUUAGCAUAGUUUUAUUUACUAGCAGGAUUUUUUUAUGUUUCAUUAUUUUUUAUUUCUCACAAACCAUAAGGGAGGUCCAUUCUCCCCUUCCUCCCUGCAAUAGCCUCUCCUGACUGUGCGUGCGUGCUUACAUGCUUGUGUGCAUGCGUGUGUAUGGCCCUGACAGGUUUCUCAGCCCUGGACCAUGAGGAUCAGAUAGCUUUGUUAAAGGGCUCGGCAGUGGAGGCCAUGUUCCUGCGCUCAGCACAGGUGUUUACCAGGAAGCUACCCCAUGGACACACAGAGGUGCUGGAGGACAGGAUACGCAAGAGUGGUACGUUCAUACUGGGAAUCUGGAGCAUGUAA